CUCGGGCUUGGGGCGAUGGCGUCUCGCGCGGGGCCCCGGGCGGCGGGCACUGACGGCAGCGACUAUCGGCACCGGGAGCGCGUGGCCUCGCACUACCAGAUGAGUGUUACCUUCAAGACUGAGAUUAAGAGACUGAUCUACAUUCACAUAGGUCUUUGGCUCCUGUUAGCAGCCCAGAUGUGUGUGGGGCAUCUGAAGCUCCUGUCCUAUGAUCAAGUUGCCAUGCCCUACCAGUGGGAAUACCCCUACCUGCUGAGCAUCGUGCCCUCUGGCUUUGGCCUGCUCUCAUUCCCCCGUAACAACAUAAGCUACUUGGUGCUCUCCAUGAUCAGCACGGGGCUGUUCUCCAUUGCCCCUCUCAUCUAUGGCACCAUGGAGAUGUUUCCUGCCGCUCAGCAGCUGUACCUCCACGGCAAGGCAUACCGUGUCAUCUUUGGCAUCUCUGCCGUCGCCAUCAUGUACCUGGUGCUGGUAGUGGCUGUCCAGGUGCAUGCCUGGCAGCUCUACUAUAGUAAGAAACUACUGGACUCUUGGUUCACCAGUACGCAGGAGAAGAAGCGUAAAUGAAGCCUGACAUAUGGACUAUGGGCUGUAAUUGGGGGCAGGCAUGGGGUUGGGGGAGGGGGGAGGGGAGGCUGGGCCUCAAAUUGAGAAGAAUGGGAGUGUAGAGGGACUAGUCCUGAAAUAUUCUCCAAGCCUCUGGCCUAAUAAGGUUGGCAGCAGGUUCACACUAAGCUGUGAUUCCAGGAAACACUUCCUACCUCCCUCACCUGCGUGUUUGAAAGGCUGUGUUGAUGUAGGACUCUUUGAGUUAGAUGAGGCUCCCUUUGGCCACAUUGGAUGGUCUAAUUCAGUGGCUUGAGCUAAUGAGGUUUUGGCCCUUUGGGAUUCUCUUUAGGGAUGGAUUAUCCUCUUCAUCUCCUACUUACUAUCUCUUUUACUCCUUCCUUCCAUACCUUCAACUCCUUUCCUGCAGCCAAGAAGAUAAGCAGAGACCAAGCAGAAGCUAGUAAUGAAUCAGGUUCCAUCCUUUCUAGGAAGGAAAUAUCUAUAGGUUGUGGUCUCUGAUGCCAAGAGUCAUGACUCAAAAAGGAACUCAAUAAAAUUCAACUGUGCCCUGACCAUC